GGCCGCUCCCGGCAGCCCCCGCGUACAAGAUGGCGGCGCGGGGCGGCGGGCGGUGAGCGGGGGCGCGGCCCCGGGCAGACAUGACCUACACGGCCGAGCAGCUGGACGGGGUGCGGCGGAUCAAGCGGUGCCGGGACUACUACGAGAUCCUGGGCGUGAGCCGGGACGCCGGCGAGGAGGAGCUGAAGCGCGCGUACCGCCGGCUCGCCCUCAAGUUCCACCCCGACAAGAACCGCGCGCCCGGGGCCACCGAGGCCUUCAAAGCAAUAGGCAAUGCUUUUGCAGUUCUGAGCAACCCUGAGAAGCGACUGCGAUACGAUGAACUGGGGAGCGACCAAGAGCACGUCAGCACUGGCCAGGCCAGGCACUACAAUUACUACACAGAGUUUGAAGCAGACAUUACACCAGAAGAAAUAUUCAAUGUGUUUUUUGGUGGGCAUUUUCCUACAGGAAAUAUCCACAUGUUCUCAAAUGUAGCCAGAGAUGCACAUUAUUACCCACGGAGGCACCGGACUGAAAGGGCAUGGACACAGGAGCAGGAGGAGGAAGACAACAGGCCACAGAAUUCCUAUUCUGCAUUUAUCCAGUUGAUGCCAGUUUUCAUCAUCAUAGUAGUGUCAGUGAUAACCCAGCUGAUGGCCACCAACCCUCCCUACAGCUUAUUCUACAAGUCGUCCAUCGGCCACGUCAUUAUCAGAGAAACAGAGAACUUGCAGGUGCCUUACUAUGUUGAUAGGAACUUUGAGAAGAAUUAUCAAGGAGCAGAACUCCAAGAGCUCGAGAAGACGGUUGAAAAGGAUUACAUAGACUAUAUUCAGACCAGCUGCUGGAAGGAGAAACAGCAAAAGUCUGACUUGUCCAAUUUGGCCAAGCUCUACAGAGAUGAGAGGUUAAAACAGAAAGCAGAAUCCCUGAAACUUGAGCACUGUGAGAAGCUCUCCAGUCUGAUUGGGAUGCACAAAGGGGGCUGAGCAGAAUGCACACGUUCCGUAGUUUUAUUUAUUGCUGUUUUAAGUUAUGUUUUUAUUUUCCUUCAUAUAAAAAGGGAAGGAGUCUAUUGUAAGGAGUGGAUAUUGGAGUCCUUCUGCAUGUAGUGCAGAGAAGGGCCAGCACGAGCUGCAGAGCUGCUGUUUGCUGUAAUAUAUCCUGUACAUUAGAUUCGGUUCCAAGGACCAGUGGCACUUUGUACAUUCAUUCCAGGGAGGUUCUCUUAGUUUGGAACCCCUCUGAAUCCAAACUGCGUGUGCUUCCCAGGAGAGCACGCACGUGCCUCGGCUUUCCAUGUUUUCUGUGGAGCUGCAGUGCAGUGGAUCCCAUGGACAGUGCUGUGCUCAGUGCUGGGUGUCAGCUCCUCUUCCCAUUCAGCACCGAGGCUGUCCCUGCCUCCACAGUGCUGUGAAGGAAUGUUGGGCUGAUUCCAGUGUCCUGUGCAGUGCUGGGAGCAGGAGGGACAGGUACCUGCCCCAGGUGAGCCCCUGAGCACACUCCCAGCCCUCCCUCUGUCCAAGGCACUGUACCCUGUGCUGCUCCACGGGAGGGCCGUGCCCAUCCUGCUCCGUGUGACACCAACACGACCAAGAAGAUGGGAGUGUGAACUGCACCAAUCCAGUGGCUGCAAAACUGUAAGGAAAGGACAACCAUGUUGAUUUUCUCAUCUGUCUUCAGUGGCAUAUUUUGAAGCUGGCUGUUACAUUCUGACUUGGAUCUGCACACUCUUCUCCAGCUGCUCCAGGGGCCCUGCUUUUCCCGGUACAGUUCUCAUGUAGCAUAUUUUUACUCUGCUGAGCAGUUAUGAAUGUUUCACUGUAGCCAUCAGUACUGCAAAGAAAAAGACCCAUGUGGUAGUGUCCUUUUUUUCCUUGAUCCUCCUUUCCAAAGUCAGGCCUUGAGGAGCAGUUUGAGGCUGGUUGUACCCGUGAGCAGCAGAGACCAGUGUUACUCCGGCUGAGCACCAGUUUCUCUGGUGGGUACCACGGGUGUGUGCCAGGCAUGGAAUGACCUGUUCUUCCAGGGUGGGGGGCUCAGGGCAGCCACAGCACAGCACUGCUCCCCUCUGACCUUGGGAAUAGUUGUCAGCGAGAUCUGAGCAAUGCUCUGCUGUGGCCUCAUUCCUAAAACCUGCUGCAGGAUGCACAGGUGGCUUUGCCUGAAACCUAGGGAGCAAAGUGCUCCAAAGUUUGGGAAAUGCCAGGAUUAAACCUGCCUUUGAAGCUUAGGCUUCAGGUGUCCGUGUGCCUGGUGGAGCAGUGUUGUCCAGGUGCUCUGCUGAGGGGCCCUGUGGGCUGGAACUGGCACUGUGGGUACCACAAAGUGUCCCCUCCGUGUCCCUGUCCUGUUCACACAGCAGGGGGAAGUUGGGCAGCAAACAAAUUAGGAGGAAAAGAGGCUUUUCUGGGGUGUGCACUGGAAUUUGGGGGUUGUAUCAGGGGUUUGAGGCUUGGUGCUCCUGCACGUGAGCCAGACACAUUCCAGAUGUGAUGAGAACAUUCCAAGUACAGCAAUGGUGCUGCUGUGGGGUGGUGGGGUGUCAAAAAUGGGGGGAAACAACAAAGUAACUCUUUAAAUUACAUAUUAGCAUUAACAUUUGUAUCCCGUUUGCAGGAAACCUUAUAGGAGCAGGUGGGAAAGUUGAGCAGAGUUUGUUGGGCACCUGGGGUGGGAAGAGCAGCAGUGUGCACCGUUGGGCAUUUUGAGUGGGUUGGUGCCAGUCUGCAAAGGUUCAUUAUUCCAGGAUGGUGGCUGGAUUGGUUAUUAAGGGUUGAUUAUUCCAGGAUGGGGGCUGGCAGAGCAGGCAGUCUUAGUUCUGGUGUUUCCCACCUUUGAGCACGACUGUGUACAGAAAGCAAAAUUAAUGUUGCUUUUUAUCUACUAAAUAGCUUGUAGAAUAUAUUAGACGUCUGUUCAAGUGGUUGGACCUGGUUCUAGGGUUGGUAUCUUCCCUGUCCUUCCUGUGGGAGUCCCAGAGCUGUAGAGGGGAUGCAGGUGGAGAGACCAAAUCCAGUGACUUCCCUGGACCUGCUGUGUCCUGCGUGGAGCUUGAACUCAUACACAGCAUUUUGCACUAGAACCAGAUCACACCUCUCCAUCCAAAGAUCUCCAAGGACUUGAUGGAGGUGGGGACCCCCUGUGGGAAGCACAGUCAUACAGAGUCUUCUCUGGAACUAGGAAGGGGGCUGGAAUGGAGCAGGAGGUGAGACUGAGAGGUAAAAACAUUUCCCAAAGCAAUAAGUGUUCUUUGUUUAUACCGGGGGGUGUCAGGUGCUGGUGUGUGCUGGGAGGGGUGUGUGGCUCGGGGUGUCUGGUGACAAACAGGACAAGCUGUGUUUGUACAGCACGGGCAUCCUGCUCCAUAGGGAAAAGGAGAGUCCUCUCUGGAGCCCGUGGGCUGGAAAUGUAUCCCUGUCCUUCUCCAAAGGGUGCUGGGGCUCCUCGUUUCUGGGUCAGAAUAAGAGAAUAAGGUGUUCCUGAGCAGGAGGGUGGCUCGGAGCAGGGGGUGCCCCUGUUCCCUGGGAACACCGAGCACUGGGAAAUAGGUCUGUGUGUGUGGAUGUAUUCGGGGUUUUUAAAUUAAAGACGUGACA